UGAAAUCGACAUUUAAGGUAUUUUUGCAAUUGCCCCUGUCCUCGUCGCUUCGUCGGUCGGUGUAAGCCGAAUAAAACGCGCGAAAAUCGGUGAUCAUUCCGCCAUAGCCACGACGUUCGACUGAUUCGACAUUGGUGUGUGGGAAAGUGGAGGAAGACGAAGAAGCGGUUGGCGAUUAAUGGGUAAGCAAAAGCAGCAGGUGAUUUCGCGAUUCUUCGCUCCUAAACCCAAAUCCUUACCUCCGCCGCAAUCGCCGACGGCGGAACCGGCCGGUGAACAGGUCGUGAAAACGAAGCCGCUGCCGAAGAUCACCGCCACUAUCUCCUUCUCACCAACGAAACGCAAGCUCCUCUCGGAUCACCUCGUUGCUUUGUCACCGAAGAAGCCGAAACUGUCUCCUCAUACUCAAAACCCCAUACCUGAUCCAAAUCUACACCAGAGAUUCCUUCAGAAGCUUCUCGAACCUUGUAUCGACGAUUCUGCUUCGGCAGUCGGGGCAGAAGCAUCGAGUUCGAGGAAAUACACGCCAUUGGAGCAGCAGGUGGUGGAGCUUAAGAGGAAGUACCCGGAUGUGCUUUUGAUGGUGGAAGUGGGUUACAGGUAUAGGUUCUUCGAACAAGACGCUGAAGUCGCAGCACGCGUGUUGGGUAUCUAUGCUCACAUGGAUCAUAGUUUCAUGACGGCGAGCAUACCAAUUUUUCGACUAAAUGUCCAUGUGAGAAGACUAGUCAAUGCAGGGUACAAGGUGGGUCUGGUGAAACAGACCGAAACGGCGGCGAUCAAGGCUCACGGGUCGAACCGGGACGGUCCCUUUUGCCGGGAACUGUCGGCCUUAUACACCAAAGCCACGCUUGCGGCGGCUGAGGAUAUGAGUGAUGGUUUUGGUGGUGGAGUGGAAGGUUGCAGUGGAAACAGCAACUACUUGGUUUGUGUUGUUGACGAGAUUGUUAAGGCGGAGACCAUAGGUGGUGGUAUUGAGGCAGGUUUUGAUGUUAGAAUCGGUAUUGUUGGUGUUGAAGUUUCAACUGGUGAUGUUGUUCAUGGUGAAUUUUAUGAUAAUUUCAUGAGGAGUGGAUUGGAGGCUGUGAUUCUGAGCUUGUCACCGGCUGAGUUGUUGCUUGGCCAGCCUCUUUCAAAGCAGACCGAGAAGUUCUUAUUGGCCUAUGCCGGACCUGCUUCAAACAUCCGAGUGGAACGUGCCUCAGUGGAACGGUUCGGCAAUGGCGGUGCACUUGCUGAGGUUAUUUCGCAAUAUGAAAAUCUCAGUGCAAGCAAUCUGGCAGAUGAUAAAGAAAACAAGAUCGAGGUUGCUGAAGAAGGAAUAAAAAAUUCUUCUUGCUCAGCUAUUCAGGCCGUUAUGAACAUGUCUGAUUUGGCUGUUCAAGCUCUCUCUUUGACGCUUAGCCAUCUCAAAGAGUUUGGAUUUCAGAGGAUCCUUUGCCUUGGAGCUUCAUUUCGUUCUCUUUCAAACAAAGUGGAGAUGACCCUCUCGGCCAAUACAUUGCAACAGUUAGAGGUUUUGAGAAAUAAUUCAGAUGGAUCUGAGUUUGGUUCUUUAUUCCAUAUUAUGAACCAUACGCUUACCAUAUAUGGUUCGAGGCUUUUGAGACACUGGGUUACUCAUCCUUUAUGUGAUCGAAACAUGAUAUCUGCUCGUCUAGAUGCUGUCUCUGAAAUCGCUGCCUGCAUGGGAUCUCAUAGCUCUUCCCAGAUCAUUGAUGAGUCGGAUAAAGAAGAUUCUGGAGAAACACUUGUGCGUCCUGAAUUCUAUUCCUUGCUGUGCUCAGUCUUGACAACUUUGUCUAGAUCACCUGAUAUUCAGCGUGGAAUAACAAGAAUCUUUCAUCGGACUGCUAAAGCCUCAGAGUUUGUUGCAGUUAUCCAAGCUACUUUGCAUGCUGGCAAACAACUUCAGUGCCUCCACGUAAAACAAGAGUAUGAAAGUAAGACGAUGGCUUCAGUGACUGUGCGAUCUUCGCUGUUGAGAAAGUUGAUUUCUACUGCUUCAUCCCCGGCCGUGGUCGACAAUGCUGCAAAACUCCUGUCUGCCAUGAACAAGGAAGCUGCUUAUCAAGGGGAUUUACACAACAUACUAAUUGCUUCCACCGACCUAUUCCCUGAGCUUGCUGAAGCUCGCAAAGUAGUUCUGGUUGCCAGGGAAAAGCUGGAUUCGUUGAUAGUUUUGUAUCGCAAGAAGCUUUCGAUUCAUAAACUGGAAUUUCUUAAUGUGUCUGGAAUCACUCAUAUGAUAGAGCUGCCCACUAAUGUCAAGGUCCCUCUGAAUUGGGUAAAAGUCAAUAGCACCAAAAAGGCUAUUCGAUAUCAUCCCCCAGAAGUAGUAGACGGGUUGGAUGAGCUUGCUCUAGCAACUGAACAUCUUGCCAUUGUAAGCCGAGCUUCCUGGGAUAACUUUCUUGAGAGCUUUGGUGGAUACUAUGCAGAAUUUCAGGCUGCUGUUCAAGCCCUUGCUGCAUUGGACUGUUUGCACGCCCUUGCUACUCUAUCGAGAAACAAGCAGAACUACGUUCGUCCUGAGUUCGUGAAUGACAAUGAACCAGUUCAGAUAAAUAUAUUGUCUGGUCGUCACCCUGUUUUGGAGACUAUAUUAGAAGAUAAUUUUGUUCCAAAUGACACGAGAUUACAUGGAGAAGGUCAGUAUUGUCAGAUCAUCACAGGGCCAAACAUGGGUGGAAAGAGUUGUUAUAUUCGUCAAGUUGCUUUAGUUUCCAUCAUGGCUCAGGUUGGUUCCUUUGUACCGGCUUCAUUCGCUAAAUUAUACGUUCUUGAUGGGAUUUUUACACGUAUGGGCGCUUCAGACAGUAUCCAACAAGGCAGAAGUACGUUUCUAGAAGAAUUAAGUGAAGCCUCUCAGAUAAUCAGAAACUGUACUUGUCGUUCACUGGUCAUAAUAGAUGAGCUUGGACGAGGCACCAGCACACAUGACGGUGUAGCCAUUGCCUAUGCCACACUACGCCAUCUUUUAGCGGAAAAGAGAUGUCUGGUUCUUUUCGUCACCCAUUACCCCGAGAUAGCCGAGAUUGUAAAUGAGUUUCCAGGUUCUGUCGGGACGUACCAUGUCUCCUAUCUUACGUCGGAUAAUGAUACAGGCAGUGUCAGUCGUGAUGAUGUCACCUACCUGUAUAAACUUGUCCCUGGUGUUUCCCAGAGAAGCUUUGGAUUCAAGGUUGCACAGCUUGCCCAGAUACCAUCAUCAUGUAUACAUCGAGCCAUAUCCAUGGCUGCAAAGUUAGAGGCAGAGGUAUGCAAAAGAGAGAGAAAUGGUUCUAGACCAAAGUGUCUCAUGGAAUCACCCCAAGAACCGAAAACAUCAGAUUCAGGGACUGCAGAAGGAUCUCUCCGUGCAUUAGGCGAUUUCUUUGCGAACAUGAGGUAUGCUCUAUCAGAAAAAGGCCCUGGAAAAGCUUCCCGGUUUCUAAACCUUGCUAGGAGUAUCGCAGAAGAGUUAACCAGGUAGAAGAAACAGAAACCCCGACCUCAUUUCAUCAUAGGAUUCGAUUCUAUUCUCUCGUUUUUUCAGACAGGUGAUCCAUAUUGGUCGAGUUAAAGAUGUAUGAUAGUUCCAAAAAGGAGUUAUAAAAAUGGUUUUUGGGGUUGGGGGAGAAUUUUUCUACCUUUUUUAUAUAUCAAUGUAAAGUUAGAUUAGUCUACCCUCUUUCAAAAUAUGCCCAUUCUGAAACCAACCUAGUUAAGUGCAGUACCUUUUGAUGUGAGCAAAAUACUCUGAUGUACACUUUUUUUUUAAUUAACACAAUAAAUACACAUGAAUGCUCUCUCUGCAGCUCUCA